AUGGCGGGCAGACGGGCAGCGCGCGCAACGAUACGCGCGGUGGCGAAGCAGGCAGGGGAGGUUGGUAGGAGCGGGGCGGUGAUCGGAGAUGGGUGUGUUGCGCGCGGGGAUGGGCCGGCCGCCUCGCAUCACUCCGUACCUCCGUCCCGCGCAUCCCUCCACCACUCGUGGGGCCCGCCAACGGCGCUGCCGCGUGAACACGCGCAUCUCGCCCGCCUCGUCAAGCGCGCAGCUGCCGCUUCAGUGGCGCCCACGCGGCUGCACGCGCGGCUGGCGGAACGGCGGUGGGGCCACGCGGCACGCCAGGCGAGCAGCAGCGACGCGCACCGCGCGACGUCGCUGCGACCGGUUUCCAAUGCCUACGCAGGGGUCGCUGUACGCCUGCGAGUGGUGUUCCAACCGGUGUCAAGCGACGACGACAGGCAGUCGGUCGAAGCUGACGGUGCCUCUUCAGACGAGGAAGCACAUGGUGCUGCGCUACUGGAUGGCAAGGAGAGUGCGCCCGAGGGCACGUUUCGGCCAGAGGACAACUUCGACACGCUUAUGGAGGUGUUCCGCUUCAUAGUCGGCUGCAACAAUGAUGCGGGUCUCUCGAACGAGAGUACGGUGUGGCUGCUGAACCUUCUGCGCGAUGAGCGCCUUGAGCUGGAGCGUAUCCGACAUUGGCGCACGUUGUACGCCGUGAUACGGUUCGGCAUGAACCUGCUAAUGUCUAGGCGCAACUACGAGACGACCACGUUCACCAUUCCUGGAUGGGACGACACGUUCCAGGUGGUUCGCACUAGCGGGACGGAGGUAAGCAAGGGACUAGCAGCCAAGGAUCCGACAGGGGUGGACCACUUCUUCGUGCCUCUGCUCUUCUCCUACGUUGCUGACUACCCCGAGACGUGCAAGGUCUCGUGCACGCAGCAACUGGCAUCGGCGAUGCCUUGCUCUAUCUGCUACGUGGGGCGAGGUCAGCUCCGAGACAUGGAGCGGGACCCAGCCGACCACCGCACGGUCCAGCAGCAGGAGCAGUUGGUUGGUGACCCAACGGAGGCGAAGGAGUACUCGACCAUUCCAAUCCCGACCAUGUAUCCCGACACUCGCCUGGCAGGACUUUGCCCUCCCGGGUCUGGCAGCUACUGGGCCAGCGGCGCAAACUUCACCGCCAGCGAGCAUGCCUCUGCCAUGAUGGUGCAUUACGCCCUCGCACCAUUCGCGCUCGAGGGGGAGGGGGAGAUCGUCAACAGGCUGGCGCUCGUGACUGUGCUUGGGUGGCACGAGUCUGGUGUGCGCGCUCCAAGUCACUCUGACGUGUCCCUUGGAGACUUCGAGCAGGCCACAAAGAGGAUGAUACAGACUGUGGAGUCUGUGUUCCCGCGCGAGGGAGAUGGGUGGAACCUAAUCAAGGUCCACCUCCUCACCCACGUGCCCGAGUCUGUCAGGCGCGCCGGGUUACCGAGCCAGUACUCGGCGGCUGUGUACGAGAACGCUCACAUCCGCACGUGCAAGCUGCCUUACAGGACAUCCAACCGCCGCCAGCCUCUGCAGGCGAUUGCCGCGCACAACAUGCGCGCCGCUGCGCUCGCGCAGCUGACAACGGCUCUUCCGGCCCGCAGACGGAACCAGACGGCUCUGACCCGGGCUAUUGUGUCGGGCAGCCCCCAGCUGACGGCAACGCGCAAGUCCCUGACUGCGCGGCCCGACCACGACCUUGACGCGGGCUCAGUGUUUGAGGAGAUCAACAAGGCCGUCGGGGGGCUCCUGAUGGACUACGACACUAAGAUGCACCACGCCGGCCUGCGUCCCUUCCCAGCCUGGGCGCACACUGCAGUGGCGCUGCCGGCCCUGCCAACCGACCACGGGCACAUCAAGCCCCAUUAUGCCCGUGCUGCAGCAUCGCUGCACGGGCGCACGGCCUUCUCCUGCGUGGAGUACGAUUCGGCCCGUGGACAGACCCAGUACGGACGGCUGCUCAUGCUGCUGGAUGCAGAGCGUCCGCUGGACGACAGCAACCAUGAGCCAGCAGAGGUGGCCGUGCUGCAGAGGCUGACCCCCCAGGGCCUUGACCAGUGCACAGGCUGCCAGAUGCUCGGCCCACCCGUGUACUAUCGGGGGCUCGCUGUCGUCCCCAUCUCCCAGCUCUGCCGCGCAGUCCACUGCGUUCCGUCGUUCAAUGAGCCAGACCUCUGGUACCUGAACAAGUGGGCAUACCUUAUCAACGAGGAACGGGACUAG